AUGUGCGCCAGCUCCUACAAGCUGGGCAACCGCGGCGCCGCACAGUUCGAGGUCGCCACGUGUGCGGGCCCCGAUGACGCCCCUGUUACCAGUUCGCUGGACCUGAAUGAUUGCCUGGGGAAUAGCGAGGGUUUGAUGGUGGGGCGGAUGGGGGGCAACGCCUUCAACACCUGCCACGCCUGCAGCGCGUCCACAACCAGCGCCGACAUCACCUGCGAGUGCGAGAUAACAGGCGGCGAUAUCAAGACCUCGAGUUUCGACCUUGACACGAUCGUUACGAACAACAACGGGAUACUCGCGGGCUUCGACCUCCCCGGCUUUGAGAUCGCCGGCUCGGGGUUGUAA